AUGUCGGCCUUUGAUGCUGCUCCGCCCAACGCUGUCGCCGGUGGAGACGGAUAUGCCCUCCGAACGCGGGGCGCGCCGCCCGUCAGUACCGUUCCACUGUGGAAGAGGAUACACAAACACUCUUUGACGCAAAUGAUGUUGAUCAGUGUGCAAGCCUUUUGCGGGCCGGCCAUGUCUGAUGCUAUUGCCGGACUUGGAGGAGGCGGUCUUGCAACACCUCAAGUAUCCAACAUUGCGACCGCCCUGACUUAUACAAUGCUUGCCACGGUCUGCUUUCUAGGAGGUCCACUGGUUAACAAACUGGGCGUCAAGUGGGCAUUGGUCCUCGGUGCAAUGUCGUUUCCGAUUGAAGGAUCAUCCUACUACUGCAAUAGUAAAUAUGGCAACCAAUGGUACCUCAUUCUAGGUGGUGCCUUGUCUGGCAUCGGCACAGGCUGCUGGUACGUCGCAGAGGCUGGUGCUAUCAUGUCCCUCGCCCCAGCGGGGGCUCGAGGAAAGUACUUGGCAUUAUGGAUCGUGUCAAGAAACUUGGGCCAACUCGUGGGAGGCGCAAUCAACCUCUCCAAGAAUUAUCAAAAAGGUGUCGAGGGUGGUGUAACCACUGAUACUUACCUCGCCUUUGUCAUCAUUGAAUGCUUAGCCUUACCCUUUGCUUUCUUGAUCGUGCCUCUGGAAAAGGUGAUUCGAUCGGAUGGAACUAGAAUAUUGGUGUCCGAGAAGCUAUCGACCAAACAGGAGUUGAAGCAGAUUCUACGCACCAUCACAAGCAGUUUGAUUCUACUGAGUGGGUUCUGGGCUAUAUGGUCCUUCUUUUACAGUGGCACUUGGUCCACAUAUCUUGCAACUUACUUUUCAGUACGCGCAAGGGCACUGUCAUCUCUGAUAUCUCCAUUCUUCUGCAUCGUCGGAUGCUUCGGGCUCGGAUUCAUCCUCGACCUGAAGCACCUAAGCCAGCGCCGCAGAGCCCAGCUGGGACUCUUCACUGUUGUCAUUCUCAAUUUGGGAGUUUAUAUCUGGUCCAUCGUGAUACAGACCAGAUUCGACGCCUCAGAUCCUGGAGCCAUUGACUGGGACGAUGCGCUUUACCCAUCGGCUUUCUUGCCGUACUUUUUUGUCCAGACAACCGGCCCGCUAUCACAGUCGUACAUGUACUGGCUCUUGUCGUCGUUUGCGACGGAUGCUCAAGCAAAUGUACGCAAUGGAGCUGCAUUCCGCUGCCUAGAAGCAAUCGGCCAAGCCAUCGCCUAUGGCAUGAACACCAAGACGAGCACAAGUCCCUUGAUUGGCAUGUGCGUGGCUUUCGCACUCAUGGCUGUUGCCGUGGGCCCGAUGGUGAUUCUUGUCAAUCGCACACCUGACCACAUCCCCGCCGAUAUCAUUGCAGCAGAGCAGGAAAAGAAUAUUGACGGUAUGAGCGUGAGAGAGCCGGUCCCCAUGGUUGUCGAGGAAAAGGUAUAG